UCCCACAUCACCACGCCACUUCAGAUCCCAUUUAUUCAUUCACCCCGCCUCUUCGAUCGCUCCCUGAUGCCCACCGCUUCGAUCCCUGCCCCGCCUCUUCGAACCCUCCCCUACAACCUCCGCCUCUUCGAACCCUCCCCCACAACCGCCUCUUCGAUCCCUCCUCUGCCUCUUCGAUCCUUCCUCCGCCUCUUCGAUCUCUCUCAUACCUUUUCUCGCGCGCCCCUCUCUUCGCCUUCUUCCCCUGUCGCCCCUCAGGGCGCGGAGGUCCUGCAGAUCCACACCGAACUCUCUCAGAUCUCUUUUCGAUCUGCAAGGAUCUUCUUCUCCUCCUCCCCCUCGCCAUCACGCGAUCGAUCGAAGGAGCUCGCAGGCCCCCGCGCCCUCUCCCGAGCGCUCGCGCCCUGUUCGAUGAAAUGCCGAGGCGAUUGCAGGGCGCUUCGCGGGCAUCGGAGAGGUUCCCUAUGCCUUCCUGCUGGCUGUCGGCUCUUUGUUUUUCUUCAUAGUCCUUACCUUGAAUGUUACAUGAUUGCAACAAUUGAGCUUCCACCUGCUUUUAUCCCAAACUAUAAUGCACCUUUCCUUGAAUGUGAAAUGAUUGCGAUAAUUGGCCCGACGUUCUUGGCGACUAUGAAGUCAUCACUUGCACCCAUAAUGAAAAGAACUACAGAGCUCCUUGGUAUCAAAGGUACAGGUAAUGAUGCAUUAAGUUUGUUCAGUUUGAACAAUGGAAGCUUUGAACUUUCUUUCUUUAGCUCUUGGUACCUAUAAUAACAUAGAAGCAAAACCGAGCAUAAACCAUGUAUCAAGUUGCUUUUGUACUUCGAAAUAUAUGGCUCAACCUAUUAGAACUAAUGAAUUGUGUGUUCAUUCUUUCUGUUGAGGACGAUCAACACUUUGUUUCAAGUACUUUGAAAUUGUAUUCUAACUACCAAGACAGUUUAUAGCAAUACUCAAUCAAAUAGAUUCAAAUUGAGCAUCUUUGGCUUUGAAAUUGUAUUCUAACUACCAAGAAAGUUUAUAGCAAUACUCAAUCAAAUGCAUAGUCUAUAGAGCUCAAAGUCAAAUGACUAUGGAAUUUAAAGAAGAUUUGUAUUGUAACAGAGUUAGGGACAUAGAAUGUCGGAAGGCAAUUGAAAAUUUGCCAACAAUUCUCUUUUUUUACAUUCUUUACUUGCACGAGGUGUGACAUUGGGUCACUUCAUGUUUAGUUGGUAGCCAAAUAUGAUCCUUUGAUAUUUUAUUUCUGAUUGGUUGUUGGAUAAUUUGUGAGAAAACAGUUUUAAAGAUGUUUCUUUGUACUCAAAUUUGGUAUUCGUAUCUUUGUUUGGGAUUAAAUGUAGUAGCUUUGGAUAGACUCAGUUUUACAGAUAAUUGGUUGUACUCAAAUAUGCUAUUCCUGUCUUUGUUUGGGAUUAAAUGUGGUAGCUUUGGAUGGACUUGACUGCUUCAAUACAUUGUUGUUUUAUUAAUUCUACUUGGUUUCCUUUAUUCUUUUUUGUUUCUUGCUAUUUUGUAUCUCUUCUUUGAGGCGGUGAUGAUAAGUAGAGGAGAACGUGGAAAAUGAUGGCUUUGAACAAGCGGAAGUUUGGACGGCCUAUUCACAGGCAACCGCUUCCUAUUGUUCUUAUCCUUCGUCGUUCCAUACAUGUUCCUCCUAUGGUAAUCUAUUGGUCCUAUUACUAUCCUGUGCUUAUGAGCAUUUUUUGCCGACUUAACUGAGCCUGACCUUUUUGGGGUUU